AUGCUAUCGCCAGCGAUAUCCACCAAGACUUCUACGCCCGGUCGGGCCAGAGCUUCCUGCGAGCCAUGUAGAUCGCGAAAGGUCCGAUGCUCAGGAGAAUACCCGAAACGCGCUGGCAGACCCAAGAACCAUCAGCGGCCUUGCGUGAUAGCGCGUGCAGCGUCCAGUCCUGCUCGUCGGGAUGACCGUCGGCCAUCACCAGCGCAAACGAAUACCGCCCGGAUAACGACCGUUACAGAGGAGCGCCCAAGCCAUCACGAACCCAAUACAGAUAUACCGCCUUAUCUCGCGGACUUUGAGAGCUUCGCGCCUGCGCAACCUCACAGCGACAUCCUCACCCAAACAGACAUCAACGCUUCAUGCGCAUGCCUAUCGAUCCUCUAUCUUCUCCUCAAUCGUCUCGGAGUCCGUACCGAACUCAUCGUCCCCGACGAUCUCGCGAUUUUGCGAAAUACAUUCGAGCGCGCAACAGAUGUUCUAGAAUGCUCAAAGUGUCCCAUGCGGUUCUCGUCCGUGCUACAAAAUGCGGGCAUCUUGGGCAUUCUAUGCGUCUGUAUUGCUGAAUCCUACGUCAGGUUCAUCAAGACGAUUGAUUCAAAGGCAAUUGAAGCGACUGGCAAGGGAGAAAAGUUGAAGGUCGCACUCAAUCCUUUGGGUCAAUCGCAUACCGCGGACGAUACAGUGAUGGUGCCGAUUGAAGUGUCGCCCGAACAGUGGAAGAGUCUCAUGUACAAUGUUGUUAAAUCGGAGAUAUUUGGCAUUGAGAACCACCGGAAUAAGUCAUUCGUCGCUUUCAUUGAGCGGUUGGAAGAGCGACAGACGAGAUGGCAUACCCUGCCUACAGCGCCCGACUGCCCGCCAACAUAUCAGUCUGCUUGUUCGUCUUCGAAUGAACUACCACUCUGCUUAACCAUCACGAAGGCGGCGAGAAAUGUCCUUGACCCGAUAACUUCUACUAUGGAGUGA